AUGUCAGGUUUAGAUCAAGUGGUCCAAGAAGAGCUCAAAAGUUUCGUUGCAAAACAGCUCACAGAAGCUCAAGAUUUCACAGACGAUGUCAAAGAAGUUUCGGAGUAUAUCACAAUUUUGAUUUCCAAUAACAAAUCUCUAGAGGAAACUACAAGUGAACUUACAACUUUAUUUGAUGCUCCAAGUGUCCCAGUGAUUAUUGGUAAUGCCUACAAGGCUCUGUCCGACUUCCAAAACGGUGGUUCUAAUGGUGCAGGUACCUCAAAUGACGCUUCUGCUGAAGCUUCAUCUGCUCCACAAAGUUCUGGUACUGAACAAUUAUCAAGUUCUGAAACUGAUCUAAUAUUGGAUAAUACAACAAAUGGCAGAAGCAUACCUACCAAACCAGCUGGUCUUAGUGGUAGAAUAUAUCCAAAUAAAAGUGGUGUCGGUGCUCGUGGUUUUAAAAAUGGUGUUGGUGCUCCAAGAAAUUUUGCUUUGAAGAAUGCUGAUAAUUUACAAAAAGCUAUGGAAUUAUCAGGUAUUCCAGGUGCUAUAAGACCAAACAAGAAACUUCGUUGUCAUAAAUUCCCACAUUGUCCAUAUUCAAAAGAUUGUAAAUACGCUCAUCCUACUAAACCAUGUUUUCAAUUUCCAAAUUGUCCAAAUGCUCCAGGUACAUGCAGUUUCUUACAUCCAGGUCAAGAUGAUGAACUGAUUGCAGAAUUAGAAAAAACAAGAAAUGAAUUUAUACAAAAAAGACAAUUACAACAAAAGCAACAAUUCUCCCAAAAUUUACAAGCUCAAGCCGGUAUUUCAUUAUGUAAAUUUGGUAUAUUAUGUACAAAUCUACAAUGUCCAUUUGGUCAUCCAACACCAGCUAAUGAAGAUGCUAAAGUUAUUCAAAUUGAAUGGUGUCCACAAAAUUUGAAAUGUGAAGAUUUAAAUUGUCAAAAGGCACAUUCAUCAUUAUCAAAAAUUAAAGAAGUUAAACCACAACAAGCUGAGAAAUCAUUAGAUGCAUGUAAAUUUGGUAUGAAUUGUACAAAUCGUUUUUGUAAAUUCCGUCAUGCACGUACUCCAGUUUUAUGUCGUGAAGGUGAAAAAUGUACUAGAAUUGAUUGUUUCUUUUCACAUCCAAUUAGUGAAAAUUGUCGUUUUGAUACAAGUUGUAAAAAUCCAAAUUGUUUAUUCAAACAUCCAAAUGGUAAAUCAGAAUCAGGUCCACCUGCAACUUCAAUGAAAUGGGAAAAAACAGAUGAAAGACAAUUUGCAGUUCCAGAAGAUGAAGUUUUAGAACAAGCUCCACCUCAAGAAGAAGCAUAA